AUGUACAUCUUAUACAUAUAUCUUAUCCUAUCUAUACUAUUACCUAUAAUACAUGUACAAUCUAUAAUUUCAUACAUAUACGUAUAUACCUCACAUGUUCCUACACACCUCAUAUUAGAGUCUGCCACAUUGACAGUGUAUACGGCAAAGAAAGAUUUUGCCAAAAUGGAACUUAAAUUACUGGAGAGGAUGAAAAAACUUGGGUACAAUGGUCAGCUGACAGAUCCCAAUAAAUUUAAGGAGGCUGUAAAGCAAGGUCCAAAAUCUCCAGAAUUUACGAAGCUUGUAGCAUGGUUAGCAGAUGAGAUUGCAAUACUCAAUGAUAUUGAUGAAACUAUUCAUGCCAUAAUGUCUCCAGAUGAUUCUAGUUCUUUCCUCUUAGAGUUAAGCUGUUUUCUUAAGGAAUUAGGAUGUAUGAAUGAGAGAUUAAUGACUGGUAAUGUUAAUGCAAGAUUAGCAACUGAACAAGAUAGGUACAUUUUGUUAGAUUUUUUAGGAGCAGAAUUAAAAACUUGCCGAUUAUUAGAAUUUAGGAAGCAUAAAAGUUCAAAUUCCAUGGCUGUUGUUGUUGAAGAGAGUGACACAGCUAAAGAUCUUAAAGAUAUGUCAAUAGCUUUAAAUUUUGAAAGGCCACCAAAUGAUAUCACUUCUGAGAAACUUUUUACAAGACUGCAAAACAAAUUGACUGAAGUGUUAAAAACAGCUCCUUCUGAGCUUGUAGGGCAACCAUUAAUUAGUCAUCAAUUCUCAGAAGCAGAUUGGAAUGAUCUUCAACAUUUACAACAAGAGUUACAUGAUGAAUACAGAAUGCGCCGUGAUAUGUUGCUCAAGAGGCUCGAUGUAACAGUACAAUCUUUUCUAUGGUCAGACAAAGUAAAAGCUCAAGAGGCUGAGUUAAAUAGACAAUAUGAAGAAACUAGGAAACUUUUGAAUGCAGAACCAGAUAUUACAUUUGCUGAUUUACUAGCAGCAAGAGAUGAUAUUGCAUUAAUGGAGAAAACAAGCAACGCAAGUGUUAGGAAAAAUACUCAAAGUGAAAUUAAUAGAGUUAUUAUAGGAGAGGUACCAGACAGAGGUGGAAGACCAUAUGAACAAGAACCACCACCACCUGAAAUGCCACCUUGGCAAAAGGAUAGAGUACCUGGACCUUUAACUUCUGGCGGAGGUCGAGGAGGUGGUAGAGGUGGUGGGCGUGGAGGUGGCAAUUUUCAAAGUUCUAAUUCUUACACCAGUGAUAACAGAAAUUCAUACAGCAGUAAUACUGGUUAUGUAGACACUGGAUAUCAGGGUUCCAAUUAUGCUUCUAAUAGUGGUGCAUAUGGUGGACAAGGAGGAGGAUAUGGAGGAAAGCAUGGAGGAGGUCAAGGAGGUGGUUAUGGAGGAGGAGGAGGUGGUUAUGGAGGAGGAGGACAAGGGGGUGGUUAUGGAGGAGGAGGACAAGGGGGUGGUUAUGGAGGAGGACAAGGAGGUGGUUACAGAGGAGGAGGUCAAGGAGGUGGUUACGGAGGAGGAGGCCAAGGAGGUAGUUACGGAGGAGGAGGUCAAGGAAGUGCAUAUGGAGGAGGGCAUGGGGGCGGCUAUGGUGGUCAAGGAGGUGGUUAUGGAGGCGGUGGAAAUAAUACUUACAGCGGAGAUAACAGAGAUGGAGGAUACAAAUCUGAAUAUAAAGGUGGACAACAAUAUCAAAGAGGGGGUAGUGGUAAAGGAAGAGGAGGUAGAGUUCAGGGAGGCUGGAAUCAGGGUGGCGCCAAUUCUGGAACAGAUAACUAUCAGCGUGGUGGAUAUAAUCGUGGAGGAGGUCGAGGAGGACGACAAUACUAAAAUAUUUUAUAUAAAAUAUUAUUCUUAUGCUUAUAAUAGUAAUAGCAAAAAAUAUUUACAUCACAGAGCAUAAUAAUUAAUAUGAAUGAACUUUUAUAUAACACGUAAUUGCUUAAUU